ACGAAGAUACAUUGAAAGUGGUGAAGGUAGAGUUACUCGUAUCGCACAUUCACGAGAAUAUUGAAAAUAUGCGAAUCACAUGGGAGCGAUGUCAUGCGUUAUAUUUCAAAGAAAUGGCUCUAGGCAUGAGCCGGCUAAAUGCCGAACCUAAACCCGCAAUAGCCUCGUGGAACAUGCAAAUCAAGUUGCAUAUUUACAACGAUCAACCAAUCAAGAUUGUUUCUAUUUCUGGGAUAAUCGUUGCACGAUCUAUUCCGGGGUUAAAUCUAUUUCGGGAUGACUAUUUUAGGUGUAUAGUUUAUUUUUCCAGUAUACGACAGUCGAUCAUGUGCCCGAUAGAUAAUGGUAACGAUUAUCUGAAAAAUUUAGCCAGAGGCUGGGGUGAAUGCCUAACGCACAAAGUAUAUAAUAUUUCAGCCACCAGAGCUACUUUUAUUGAUACGAAAUAA